AAGCUGCAGGCGAGGAUGGAUGUGGUCGACAGCCUUCUUGUGAAUGGAAGCAACUUCACUCCUCCCUGCGAACUAGGCAUCGAAAAUGAGACGCUUUUCUGCUUGGAUCGGCCCCGUCCAUCCAAAGAGUGGCAGCCAGCUGUGCAGAUUCUCCUGUAUUCCUUGAUAUUUCUGCUGAGCGUGCUGGGCAACACACUAGUCAUCACAGUGCUGAUUCGGAACAAGAGGAUGAGGACUGUCACCAACAUCUUCCUGCUGUCCCUGGCCGUCAGCGACCUCAUGCUCUGCCUCUUCUGCAUGCCCUUCAACCUCAUCCCCAACCUGCUCAAGGAUUUCAUCUUCAGCAGCGCCGUUUGUAAAACCACCACCUACUUCAUGGGCACCUCUGUGAGUGUAUCCACUUUUAAUCUGGUUGCCAUAUCUCUGGAGAGAUACGGCGCGAUCUGCAAACCCCUACAGUCCCGGGUGUGGCAGACGAAAUCCCACGCUCUGAAGGUGAUUGCAGCUACCUGGUGCCUCUCCUUUACCAUCAUGACUCCGUACCCAAUUUACAGCAACUUGGUGCCUUUUACCAAAAAUAACCGGACGGCAAACAUGUGCCGCUUCCUACUGCCCAACGACGUGAUGCAGCAAUCCUGGCACACGUUCCUGUUACUCAUCCUCUUUCUUAUUCCUGGAAUUGUGAUGAUGGCGGCAUAUGGAUUAAUCUCCUUGGAACUUUACCAAGGAAUAAAAUUUGAUGCUAGCCAGAAGUCUGCGAGAGAGAGGAAAGCGAGCAGCGGUCGAUAUGAGGACAGCGACGGAUGUUACCUGCAGAAGGCCAAACCUGCGCGGGCGCACGCGCGGACUCUGGAGCUUCAACGGCUCUCGGGCAGCGGCGGCCGAGUCAGCCGCAUCCGGAGCAGCAGCUCCGCGGCCAACCUGAUGGCCAAGAAGCGGGUGAUCCGCAUGCUUAUCGUCAUCGUGGUUCUCUUCUUCCUCUGCUGGAUGCCCAUCUUCAGCGCCAACGCCUGGCGCGCCUACGACACCGCCUCCGCCGAGCGCCACCUGUCGGGGACGCCCAUUUCCUUCAUCCUGCUGCUGUCCUACACCUCGUCCUGCGUCAACCCCAUCAUCUACUGCUUCAUGAACAAACGGUUCCGCCUCGGCUUCAUGGCCACCUUCCGCUGCUGCCCCCACCCGGGCCGGCCGGGCGCCAGAGCAGAGGCGGGGGAGGAGGAGGAGGGCCGGACCACGGAAGCCUCGCUGUCCCGGUACUCGUACAGCCACGUGGGGGCCUCCGCCCCGGCCCAGUGA